CUUCCAACGCCCACCUGACCUCCACAGAAGCUCCUAAUUGCCAGCCGCCCCUCCCCUUUGCUCACACGCCGCUCCAGCAGCGUACGCAGCCGGUAAUCUCUUUGCUCCCGGCUUGACGUCAUCGGCCUGCGCCGCAGCGCGGUGGCGGGCACGCGCAGCCAAGAUGUCUCCGACACCGCCACUCUUCAGUUUACCCGAAGCGCGGACGCGGUUUACGAAGUCUACCAGAGAGGCCUUGAACAACAAAAAUAUCAAACCAUUGUUGAAUACCUUCACCCAGUUACCUGGCAGUGAAAAUGAAAAAAAAUGUACCCUUGACCAAGCUUUCAGAGGUGUUCUAGAAGAAGAAAUUAUAAAUCAUUCACCAUGUGAAAAUGUUUUAGCUAUUAUUUCUCUUGCUAUUGGGGGAGUAACUGAAGGUAUUUGUACUGCAUCUACGCCAUUUGUGUUGUUGGGAGAUGUUUUGGAUUGUCUUCCUUUGGAUCAGUGUGACACAAUAUUCACUUUUGUGGAAAAAAAUGUUGCUACUUGGAAAUCAAAUACAUUCUAUUCUGCUGGGAAAAAUUAUUUACUACGUAUGUGCAAUGAUCUCCUAAGAAGAUUAUCAAAAUCCCAGAAUACAGUGUUCUGUGGACGAAUUCAACUCUUUUUGGCCAGGCUUUUCCCUUUAUCUGAGAAAUCAGGUCUUAACUUGCAGAGUCAGUUUAAUCUGGAAAAUGUCACUGUUUUCAAUACCAAUGAGCAGGAAAGCACCUUGGGUCAGAAGCACACUGAAGAUAGAGAAGAAGGAAUGGAUGUGGAAGAAGGUGAAAUGGGAGAUGAUGAAGCUCCAACAACUUGCUCCAUUCCAAUUGAUUACAACCUGUAUCGAAAAUUCUGGUCACUUCAGGAUUACUUCAGGAACCCUGUGCAAUGCUAUGAGAAGAUUUCAUGGAAAACUUUUCUCAAGUAUUCUGAAGAAGUUCUAGCUGUUUUUAAGAGUUAUAAAUUAGAUGAUACUCAGGCCUCAAGGAAAAAGAUGGAAGAAUUGAAAACAGGAGGGGAGCAUGUAUAUUUUGCAAAAUUUUUAACAAGUGAAAAGUUGAUGGAUUUACAACUGAGCGACAGUAACUUUCGUCGACACAUCCUACUGCAGUAUCUCAUUUUAUUCCAAUAUCUCAAGGGACAGGUCAAAUUCAAAAGUUCAAACUAUGUUUUAACUGAUGAACAGUCACUCUGGAUUGAAGAUACUACAAAAUCAGUUUAUCAACUACUAUCUGAAAACCCACCUGAUGGAGAAAGAUUUUCAAAGAUGGUAGAGCAUAUAUUAAACACUGAAGAAAACUGGAACUCAUGGAAAAACGAAGGCUGCCCAAGUUUUGUGAAAGAAAGAACAUCAGAUACCAAGCCAACAAGAGUAGUAUGGAAGAGAACAGCACCAGAGGACUUCCUAGGGAAAGGACCCAACAAAAAGAUUCUGAUGGGAAAUGAGGAGUUAACAAGGCUUUGGAAUCUCUGCCCUGAUAAUAUGGAAGCCUGUAAAUCAGAGACAAGGGAAUACAUGCCGACUUUGGAGGAAUUCUUUGAAGAAGCCAUUGAACAGGCGGACCCUGAAAACAUGGUUGAAACUGAAUAUAAGGCUGUGAACAAUUCAAAUUAUGGUUGGAGAGCCCUGAGAUUAUUAGCACGGAGAAGCCCUCAUUUCUUCCAGCCAACAAACCAGCAGUUUAAAAGUUUGCCAGAAUAUCUUGAAAACAUGGUAAUAAAGCUAGCGAAGGAAUUACCACCUCCUUCUGAAGAAAUAAAAACAGGUGAGGAUGAAGAUGAGGAAGAUAAUGAUGCUUUACUGAAGGAAAAUGAAAGUCCUGAUGUUCGGCGAGACAAACCUGUAACAGGGGAACAAAUAGAGGUCUUUGCCAACAAACUGGGUGAACAAUGGAAGAUUCUGGCUCCCUACCUGGAAAUGAAAGACUCAGAAAUUAGACAGAUUGAGUGUGACAGCGAAGACAUGAAGAUGAGAGCUAAGCAGCUACUGGUUGCCUGGCAAGAUCAAGAGGGAGUACACGCAACGCCCGAGAAUCUGAUUAAUGCACUGAUUAAGUCUGGAUUAAGUGACCUUGCAGAAAGUCUAACUAAUGACAAUGAGACGAAUAGUUAGCUUAUUUUUUUUUUAUUAAAACUGUGAUAAGAUUUUGUUACCAAGCAGCAUUUGAUAAGAGGUCCACUGGUUUUGGUAAACAAUAAACAUUUUUAUAACAGUUGUACAGUUGGCUGGUGCUCCAAGAACAACAGAACACAUAUUGGCUCUUGAUAACUGACCUCAGGGUUUGGGGGAAAGGAGGAGGCAGGUUGGGAAAAUGGCCAAAAUAAAGUGACCUCAAGAUCGUAUAUUUUUGUCAUAAAUGAAAUGUGUAAUGAAGUCAAUAAGCAGUAUUUAUGGACCUGGUGUUUCCUAUAAAAUACACUGUGCCAAAUUAGUUUCCUGCAUGCCGUUAGUAGUUACAAAAUUUAACUUGCUAUUCUGAAAACCCCAGAAUACCAUUUUCUGAAACCAUAUGCCUGUUCUAGUCUUAUUUAUGUUUUAACUGGAUCGGCAAACAGUGGUCUGUUCACAACCUGGUUUUAUAGUAAAAUUUACUGGCACACAGCCAUAUUAAUUUAAGUAUUAUCUAUGGCUUCUUUCACACUCCAACGGCAAAGUUAAAUGGUUGCAACAAAGAUGUUAUGGGCUGCACAUAUGAAAAGGUUCACUAUCUGGCCCACUAUAGAAAAUGUUCGCCAACCCCCAACUUUAAAAGAAAUGGGGUCAAGUCUAAAACCUAGUUCUUUUAGCUUCACAAAAAUUAUUUAACCUCUCAAGUCUUUAAAAUAGGGAUGCAUACCUCAGGGAUUGUUGUGAAGUUCGAAUGAAAUGUCUGUGAAAGCACCCUAUAAACAGCAAAAAAGCACUAUGUAGUAAUGGCUGGAGACAGUACUAUCUACUUUCUCCUGUUCGCACAUAUAAGCAUUACCUUUUAGAGGUCUAAGAGUAAGUAAUCAUUGUUUAUUUUGAAUUCUGAAGAGCAGCUACUAAAUGCAUCUUACACUAAAAAUGUUCUUGCCUGGGCUUAAUGUCACUAGCUAUACAGUGUACAGUACAGCUCUAAUAUCAAAAGGGCCUCAGUGCUAGUGGCACAGCACAUAAGGCACACUCGCGAGUCAAGACGUUUUCUCACCUGCUCUCAGAGACCUUAUAUGCAAGGCUGAAUUCUAAAGUAGCCUUAUUAGUUUAAAAUAACACUGGUCUAAGUCCAAUUUCUUAUACUUAAAAAAUCUUUGGAAUAAUGCUUUUUUUGAUCAAAUAAAAUGAAGUUUUUUAUAAUGACAAGGAGUUAAUUAUAAUUUUAAAACUCUAAUUUCAUACACAGCUUACUUUGUUCUAAACCUACCUCACCUGAUCUAGUAGUUAAAGCAUCCUGCAAAUCAGAAAAUCUAUAAAUUUUAAUUGCUAAAUUUAUAUCUUCAAAAUUCUUCAGACCAAAUAAGAGUGAAUUAAAAAAAAACCUUGCAAACUUAACAAGCAUCAUACCAAUAUAAAAGAAACAUUACAAGUCUUAUGGUCUCAUCCUUCCCCCAUUCUCUUCUACACCCUCUCCCAAAGCAAACCAAGUACUGAUUGCCAAUAAUUAAGUUUCUCUGAAGAAGCUGUUUACAAAUAAGUUUCCCUGAAAUGCUUAUUUUACAUCCUGUAGUGUUCUCAGAUUAUACCACACUGUUCAAACUUGAGAGGAAAAUGGCCAUUAUUCUCUUACGAAUCUGCUAGUUUUGAGUGCUGUGUUCUGCAGAGCAUUAAAACUGCAUAAGUAAGGAUGAGAUUUCAUGAUAAUCCCCAAAACUUUGUUAUAAACAUCUAACUCAAAAUCAGAGACAAUUUAGGUAAUAUUCUAUCAUUUCUCUAGCAAUCAAUCAAGGCUCCUGAAACAAAGAUGAGGAACUAAUUAGAAUAUUAAAGAAAUCUAUCGUUGAAAUACCUCAUACUAUUGGUAUUUCUAUCACUUUAAAAAUCACUGAUACUAAAUUUUGAGAUAGACAUUAAGAUUUUGGGAAUUCAACAGGAGUGUAAAAAGAAACACUAACGGAGCUAAGGAACAGUUCUUACUGAUAGCAUCGUUGCAUUCAGCAUCCAAACAACUCCAUUACAUUCACAACUUUGUAUUUCGUUUUAAACAGAAUAUAAUGCUA